UCAUUAUAAGUGUAUUGACAGGGUCAGAUAAUUUUCUGCAUCCCUUUAGCUUCUCCUUUUGAAUUCUUGUAUAUUUGGAUCGGAUUCUUCGCCUCAUAAUAUAUGCAAUGCGAUUCGCCGAUGCUAUAGGACGAGUAUGUAUGUAAAUCCAUUUCUAGCACUGUUUAACUAAACACCAUCCAUGAAGAAAACGGCGACCAGGGUAGAGUUGUUGGCUCGGUGGAAAGCCAUUGAGGAUGAAGACGAAGAAGAUGAUGUAAUAGAUGAUAGUUUAGUGUCCGACGAGCAAACUGGUCUGCACCACCUUAAAGAACAAUGGUUUUCAGAUGCUUUCAACUUCUUGAUCAAUUUGCCAAAAGAAAGUCAUAUCUGGUGCUGCCACUGGGAUUUGAUGGGUCCACUUUUAGAGACUUUUUACAAUUACUUUCAAGAUGAGCGCACUAACUCUCCUCUCAAACUUUUGUGGAAAAGAAUCUCUGAAGAAACAAAGAGGUGUACCCAAUGUAUCUGUCAACACUAUCAAUCCCAAGGGAUGUACCGUGUGGAGUAUGCUUUGAGUUCUGUUGGUCCCCUUCUAGAUGUGUUACAAAUUCUUGACGAAGAAAGGGUGACUCAACGCCUGAAAGAGAUAAAUGCAAGAAUAGCAAAUAAAAAAUAUGAUCCCAUGUGUGAUAACAGUGAAGUUGUUAAUAUCAUGUUUGAGGUGAUGAUGUUCCCUGUUUUGUUGGAUGACCAGUCUCUGGCUACUGAGUUUCAAACUUUUAUCGAAGCCAUUGAUGAUUCUCAUGAACUUGCUCUGGCUGGCCAUCAAAAAUACCCAGGAGUGUAUGCACUUCUUUUCUUCGAAAGUAGGAGGGUACGGUCUAUUGCUCUGCGCCUAGCUGGGAACAUGGGAAAAGUGAGUAAUGCGAUGGAACUGGAACCGAUGCAGCCUUUGCUUAAGAAAUGUAUUAAUGUUUUGGAGACAGAAGUAUUGCCACCCACUUCUGCGACUUCAAGGCCAAGGUUUCCUCUAAAACGUGCAACUGUAUGGCUUGGAAUCAAAGCAUUACUUGGUUUUUUAGAGCCUAUGGCAUUUGAAGAAGGAAUUUUGGAGCACUAUCCUGUUUUUCUCAGUAUUGUACUCAAUCACAUUAGUGAUGACUCUGUUGAGUUUUCAUAUGCAGUUAAUUGCUUGAAACUACUCUUUGAAAUGCUGGGAUACAAACUUUGGUUGAGGGCAACAUUGUCCCCAAGCGUGAUGCUCAAUACACUACUGGGUCAGUGUUUCCAUACUAGAAACGAGAAAAACCAUAAGGAAAUCUUUGAUCUUUUCCAACCUUUCCUGCAGUCCCUUGAAGCUUUGGAAGAUGGUGAUCAUGAAAAGCAACGGAGACAUGUUCUCUAUUUUCUUCUUCAUCAAGUGACUAUUAGCAGCAACUUCAGCACUCUAAUGAGAAAAAAAGCCUGUCAGAUAGCUCUUCUUAUUAUACACCGAGGCUAUAAGAUGAACCCGCCUUCCCCACCUUUUGAAUGCGCACAUAUGUGGGGUCCUUCUCUAGUGGCUUCUUUGAAGGAUUUGUCUCUUCACAAUUCUCUGAGGCAACCGGCCUUGGACCUUAUCCAAACUAUUAUGGUAUCAGAUGCAGCAGCCUUAGUGGCUUCAACGCUAAGAUGUCCAAUGCCUUUGGAUGCUCUUCGAGACAUGGAUUAUGAGCCAUUUGACGAGGAAAAUGACGAUGCUGUUCUGUUCACUAAUGAUCUUAUAGGAGAUGCUAGUUGUUGGAAUGAAUUCUGUGUUCAGAGUAAAGUAAUCUGCAGGGAAUCUGGAGAGUGGAUGUCCAUACCGAUGCUGUGGUUUGAUGUAUUUGUUGAAAUUGAUCCGUUUGUCCUCCCAGUAUCAUUUUCCAAAGCUGCCUGUUGGGCUUUGUCUCGUUUUUCUAUGGUAGAACCAGGAAACAGCACCGAGACUAUCCUUUCUGUAGAAACAUGGUUGUCAACUUUUGCUUCAGACAUCUCAGAUGCAUUUGGGUGGAAUACUGUAUCUAGCUUCGAUGAUUAUGGAGAAUGGAAGGUUUCAAAGAACUCAAUUAGAGUCUCAACAAUGUUUACUCCUCUGAUAAGAACUUUCAAAAAGUUGACUGCUCACUUUAUUGCUAAAAUGGAGCAGGGAGAACUCUGGAAGCGGUGGAUUUGGGAACCAAGGAUGAGUGAUAGCUUGAUUCUUUUGCUUGUGGAUCCUAAUGACGUUGCCAGGCAGGUCGGUAAGCGUAUACUUGAACAAGUAUCAAACACAAGGGGUCUCACUUCUAGUCUGCAGUUUCUGUGCUCCUCUUUGUCAUCUUUGUCUGCCCUAUUUUUGGGGUUUAGGCAUGCUUUAAAGCAGGUUCAAGCGGACUCAGUUCUUCCUUUUCAAGCUUUACAUCAUCUAUUCUUUGUUCUGUGUAAAAUACUAAAGGAAGGGAUUAUACCUUCAUCAUUGCCAAGAAAUUCAUCCUGUGACUCUAGUAACUCGAGUUUCUGUUCACAAGGUGGAUUUCUACGGCUUCCCACUUUUAAUCAUGUUGCCGGUAAUGCUAAUGCUCAUUCAAAUCAUGUCGAUUUAUCAUCCUGGAAGGAGUUUAACUACUUACUAUCAGCAAAUGUGUGGCCUUACAUCCAAAAGUGCUUGAGUGAUGGGAAGACAUCCAUCAAUUGCAAAGCUUCCCAGAUGACCUGCAUCCGCCUGCUAGAGGUCCUCCCAGUUAUUGUCGAAAGGCUUCAUCCGUUUAUUGAAAUGCCAGCAAAGUCAAGGACGAACAUUCACACUAUGGUUGACUAUAAAUGGCUUCAUGACUUAAUGCUGUGGGGAAAUUCGUCACAUGCAGUUGUAGUUAGAUACUGGAAGCAGACUGUCAUAUCCAUGCUGACUUUGUUCAAAAUGUCAUGCAGUCCUUUGUCUGUUUCUACAUCUGUGAUUGGGGCAAUGGAGAAGCUGAUUUCACAAGAAAGCAUUGCAGUUGAUGAAUUGGCUAGAAACGUCUCACGUCUUUCUGUUUCCUUACUCGAUGAAGGACCUCAUGAAACUAAAUAUACAAACUCUGAACCAAAACCCUCAGUUUCUAAGGUCUUGUCAUUGAAAGACAACUAUUUUUCCCAAGGAGGAAAACAUUUAAGCUUGGAGGACGAAGAUGUGCAGGUUCUAGAUACGGGUUUAUCAAUCAGCAAGAAAAACAUUGAAGAUGAAGAUGUGCAAGUUCUAGAUAUGCGACCAUCAAUUAGCAAGAAAAACAUUGAGGAUGAAGAUGUGCAGGUUCUAGAUAUGCGACCAUCAAUUAGCAAGAAACAUAUUGUGGAUGAAGAUGUGCAGGUUCAAGAUAUGCAACAACCAAUUAGCACGAAAAAUAUGGAGGAUGAAGAUGUGCAGAUUCUAGAUAUUGGAUCAAUUAGUAAGAAAAGCAAAGGAAAUAGUAUUGAAGUACUGGAUAAUGAGAUGCAAAAUCGAGUUUCAACCAAGGAUAUUGUAGUCUCUGAUGCUACUUCAAGUUUAUGUGUAUUCAAUGACAAGAAAAGAGGCAAAAGUGCUGAAAUCGUUUGCCCAAGUGGUGUUGCUGAAAUUAAAAUUUCUUCCAGUGGCAGUCGAAAGUCUUUAUCCAAAGAUUUUUUGCAAGGCAACGCAGCUGCUUAUGAGAGAGUUUCUCCAACUUCUGAUAGUGAUAAAAAUGGUUUAAACUCUAAAUGCCAAUUGAAUAGUUCCUACUCAGCGUCGCAUAAAUCUAGUAAGUUGAAAUCAAUCAAUAUAGAAAAUAUAGAGCAACCAGGAGGCAAAGAUGUUUUAGAAGCAUUGAAUAGAAUGAAAAAGGAUAGUGUAUUUGAUGCUAUAGAUGCCACAUUCCAGGUUGCAGCUAAAGCCCCAAAGCAAAUAGACUUGGCCAGAGCAAACAUCUCUCGUCCUAAGCGACAAGUAAUUCAGCUUCAAUUGCCUGGAGAAAAUAUGUCUGGUAAUUUACAUAGACUUGAAAAUGAGGUUAAAAGGUUCAGACUUCCAAGGCUUGAUGACUGGCUUAAACCCAUUCUAGAGAUUGAUUUCUUUGUAACAGUUGGACUAGCAUCUGUUAACGAGGAUUGUAGUGUAAAUAUGAAACUGAAGGAAGUACCUGCAGGUUUUCAGUCAUCGGAUGAAUACAUAAACAUUUUCCGACCACUGGUCUUGGAAGAGUUUAAGGCUCAGUUGCAUAAUUCUUUUCUGGAGAUGCCUUCUUCGGCAGACAUGCAUUGUGGCAGUGUAUCAGUUCUUUCCGUUGAGAGAGUUGAUGAUUUUCAUCAUGUCCGCUGUAUCCACGAUGAUGCUACAGGAUGUGGAAGUUGUUCAGAAAACGACCUUAUUCUACUUACAAGACAACCGUUGAAAAAUACUGUGCUUGACAUCCACUUGGUGGGAAAGGUGGAACGGAUGGAGAAAGACAACAAGAGGCGAUUAACGUCUAUAGUUAUCAAAUUCUCUCUGCAAGGUGGAAUUUCACGCCUAAAUCGAGCUAGGAAACUUCUUAACCAACGCAGCAGAUGGUAUAUUAGUCGCAUCAUGAACAUGACACCUCAGCUUCGAGAAUUCAAGGCUCUAUCAUCAAUAAAGGACGUCUCUCUACUUCCCAUUAUACUGAAUCCCAUCAAUCACUCUCAAGUUUACAAUGACAAUAAGAAACCUGAUAUGAAUAAACUCCCUCUUGCCUUGCAAACCAUUUUCAAGUCUUCAUAUAAUGAUAGCCAACUUAAAGCUAUCACUGCUGUUGUAGAACCUUUGAAUUCUAAGGAACAUGAAUUAUAUCUUAUACAAGGUCCUCCAGGUACGGGAAAAACUCGAACAGUUUUGGCUAUUGUCAGUGGUUUGCUUGCUCUCUCAUCCCAACGGAACGGUGUCAAUAAGAGAACACUAGAUGUAGGCUCAUUACACUCUAAGGCAAGAGCUCGACUGUGUCAAUCUACAGCUAUUUCUAGGGCCUGGCAAGAUGCUGACUUGGCUCGACAGAUGAAUGAGGAAAUAGUCAAAAAGAGCAACUCUUUGGGAAGAGUCUCUGGAGGAAGGGUGCUUAUUUGUGCUCAAUCUAAUGCUGCUGUUGAUGAGUUAGUAUCGAGGAUAUCAUGUGAAGGACUGCAUGGAGUUGAUGGGACGAAGUAUAAGCCAUAUCUUGUGAGGGUUGGUAAUGCCAAGACCAUCCACCCAAAUUCAUUACCCUACUUCAUUGACACACUUGUUGAACAACGGUUGACAGAGCGAAGGUUAAGUACAAGUGGAGCACCUAAUGAAACAAAUGCAAUCUCCUCAACUGUUCUUCGGUCUAAUCUGGAGAAACUAGUUGACCGCAUCAGGUUUUAUGAAGCUAAGCGUGCUAACCUAGAUCAUGAUAAUCCUGAUACAAAAGAUAGAUUUGGAGGUGGGAAUUUGAAGGUGGAUGACACAAAGGAAAUGUCUGAUGUUCAAAUUGGUUUGAGGCUACGGAAACUAUAUGAGGAGAGGAAAGAGUUAUAUACAUGUCUUUCCAGUGCUGUACAGAGUGAAAAGAAAUCCUACGAAGAAGUCAAAGCACUUAAGCAGAUGUUCAGGAAGUCUUUAUUAAGGGAAGCGGAGAUCAUUGUUACUACAUUGAGUGGGUGCGGUGGGGAUCUGUAUGGAGUUUGCUCUGAGUCUUUCUUGAGCCAUAAAUCUGAGACUAUUUUGUUUGAUGCCAUUAUCAUUGAUGAAGCUGCCCAAGCAUUGGAACCUGCUACUUUGAUUCCUCUUCAGCUCUUAAAAUCAGAAGGGACAAAGACUAUUAUGGUUGGUGACCCAAAGCAACUUCCUGCUACAGUUAUCUCUACUAUUGCAAGCAAGUAUUCUUAUCAAUGCAGCAUGUUUGAACGUAUGCAAAAGGCUAGUUAUCCGGUCUUCAUGCUCUUAGAGCAGUAUAGGAUGCACCCUGAGAUAUGUAAGUUUCCUGCUAUGCAUUUUUAUGACAACAAAUUGCUUAGUGGCAAAAAUAUGUCCGGAAAAUCUGCACCAUUUCAUGACACUGAUGGUCUGGGCCCAUAUAUUUUUUAUGAUAUCACUGAUGGGUAUGAGGCUCAUGGAAAUAGUGCUGGUUCCCGGUCCCUAUAUAAUGAUUGUGAAGCUGAUUGUGCAAUUGAAAUUCUUCAGUUUCUUAGGAAGAGGUACCCCUCCGAAUUCGCUCCUAGGAGGAUUGGGAUUGUAACUCCUUAUAAAAGUCAACUUUCUCUUUUGCGAGCUCGGGUUUCUAGCGCGUUUGGAUCAUCUAUUAUGGCUGAGAUGGAAUUUAAUACUGUGGAUGGCUUCCAAGGUCGGGAAGUUGAUAUUAUGAUUCUUUCAACAGUUAGAGCUGCAGGAACAUCCUCACCAGCUACAGAACCAGGCUCAAUAAGUAUUGGUUUUGUUGCUGAUGUAAGAAGGAUGAAUGUUGCUUUGACACGGGCCAAACUCUCCAUGUGGAUUUUGGGUAAUGCAAGAACAUUGAAAACUAACCACAACUGGGCAGCCCUUGUUAGAGAUGCCAAGAAAAGAAAUAUGUUUUUGUCAGUUAGGAAGCCAUACAACUCCAUUUUUUCAUCUACUUUGACAAAGCAUUCCGGUAGGGAAAAUGUUGAAUAUCAAUCCACAAAGUCUGCAUCUCAGCAGAAUGCCAAAGGAAAAAUAUGUGGAAAGACAAAGAGGUAUAUUGUGAGCGAAGCAGAAGAGGCUAAUGAUAAAAAAAAGGGAGGUGCGCAGGAUAAUCUUUCAGCAAGGGACGAUCCUAAAUCAAAAGCUAUUUCAAUUAAUGAUAUCAAAACACAAAAGCAUGUGCCAUCUACAGUAACAGGAGAUGGCAAUAAAAGAGACCUCAAUGGCUCUAAGUUGCAGAAUGAUAACAUAAGAAAGGGAAAAAAAAUAGAUGAUACUAGGGGGCUGAUUGACAAUGAGAAGCUUGUUGAGCAGAAUUAUAACACCAAAAAGAGAAAAUGUGAAUACAUUCCCAGGAAUCCAGAGCAAUUAACAGUUGAUAAGCAGAAGACUUUGAAUCCCUUACCUUCAGAUAGUUCUUCACAGUCGUGCAAGAAGAAGAAGAAGAAAAAUAUAGAUGAACCAGGGGUGCCACCAGGCCAAGCAACUGAUGAGGUAGUUGAAAGUACGACUUCUAAUCAAGUUGCAGUGUCCAGGGCCUCAAUGUCAAAAAGAAAACAACAACGGGAUGCUGUUAACGCUCUUCUUUCUUCUUCUCUUAUAUCUUCAAAAAAUACUGCAGUAUCAUUGAAGCCAUCCCAUGUUAAGAAACCUAAGCCCAUUAAAGAAGCCAAACUCAGAUAAGUGGCUCUGCUCUUUGUCAGAUUUGGGUUUGCUCUUCAGCUUCGUAAUGAUUAUGAGAUCCCAGUUUUUGCCAAGAAUGUUUAUAAGCUCUGUUAAAUUGACAAAAAGGAUAAGCUUUCACUUUUGACCGAUAGUCACUGGAGGGGUAUCCGAGGCAGUUUUUCAAUACAAGUCGGUAGUAUACAGCUUCCAUGCCGAUGUUGGUCUCGAGGUAUAGUGACUUUUUGAUGAAAGCUUUAAAUGCAUACUAUUUUGACCUUAAUGCAUAGGUUGUCACAAGUAUGAAAUUAACUUGGGAUUACCUUUAUUGGAGCAAUAUGAUGAGUUCUUUUUCCUUUUGGUUGAA